ACCGGGGCGGAGCGCGGGGUGCGGCGGCGGCACCGGGCGCGCCCUCGCGUGCUGGGGAGGCGACCCGCUCGCCUUCCUCACCGCCGCGCCCCAGCCCCAUGGACGUCCUGUGCGGCUCCGGGGAGCUUGGCUCCAAGUUCUGGGACUCCAAUCUGUCUGUGCAUACCGACAGCCCAGACCUCACUCCCUGCUUCCAGAACUCGCUGCUGGCCUGGGUCCCCUGCAUCUACCUGUGGGUGGCCCUGCCCUGCUACCUCUUCUACCUGCACCGCCACCAUCGAGGCUACAUUAUCCUCUCCCACCUCUCCAGGCUCAAGACGGCCUUAGGUGUCCUGCUGUGGUGUGUCUCCUGGGCUGACCUCUUCUACUCCUUCCAUGGCCUGGCUCAUGGCUGGGCUCCUGCCCCCAUCUUCUUUGUCACCCCCUUGGUGGUGGGGGUCACCAUGCUGUUGGCCACCCUGCUGAUCCAGCAUGAGCGGCUGCAAGGAGUGCAGUCCUCGGGGGUCCUCAUCAUCUUCUGGCUCCUGUGCGUGGGCUGCGCCAUCAUCCCCUUCCGUUCCAAGAUCCUUUCAGCUGUGGCAAAGGGCAAGAUCUCCGACCCCUUCCGCUUCACCACCUUUUACAUCUACUUUGCCCUGGUGCUUUUUGCCCUCAUCCUGUCCUGCUUCAAGGAGAAGCCACCGUUUUUCUCCCCAAAGAAUGUCGAGCCCAACCCUUGCCCGGAGACCAGUGCUGGCUUCCUCUCCCGCCUGUCUUUCUGGUGGUUCACAAACAUGGCCAUCCUCGGCUAUCGACGGCCCCUGGGAGAGAAGGACCUCUGGUCUCUGAAGGAGGAGGACCGCUCGGAGGCAGUGGUGCACAGGCUGCUGGAGGCAUGGAAGAAGCAGGCAGCGGGACCCAAGGAUACAGCAGCAUCUGGGAAGAAAGUCUCCAGUGAGGAUGAGGUGCUGCUAGGGGGCCAGCCCAGGCCCCGGGAGCCCUCCUUUCUGAAGGCCCUGCUGGCUGCCUUUGGCCCCAGCUUUCUCAUCAGCGUGUGCUUCAAGCUGAUCCAGGACCUGCUCUCCUUUGUCAACCCACAGCUGCUCAGCCUCCUGAUCAGAUUUAUUUCAAACCCCAGGGCCCCUACCUGGUGGGGCUUCCUGGUGGCUGCGCUGAUGUUCGUGUGCUCCACGAUGCAGAGUCUGAUCUUACACCAGUACUUCCACUGCAUCUUUGUGACUGGGUUGAAGCUUCGUGUGGGGAUCACAGGUCUCGUCUACAGGAAGGCUUUGGUCAUCACCAAUUCUGUCAAGCGUGAGUCCACUGUGGGAGAAAUCGUCAAUCUCAUCUCAGUGGAUGCCCAGCGCUUCAUGGACCUUGCCCCCUUCCUCAACCUGAUAUGGUCAGCACCCCUGCAGGUCAUCCUGGCCAUCUACUUUCUCUGGCAGAUCCUGGGUCCCUCAGUCCUGGCUGGAGUUGCUCUCAUAGUCUUGCUGAUCCCACUCAACGGAGCUGUGGCCAUGAAGAUGCGUGCUUUCCAGGUAGAGCAAAUGAAGUCCAAGGACUCACGCAUCAGGCUGAUGAAUGAGAUCCUGGGCGGCAUCAAGGUGUUGAAACUGUAUGCCUGGGAGCCCAGCUUCUUGGAACAGGUGGAAAGCAUCCGGCAGGGCGAGCUCCGGCAGUUGCGUAAGACAGCCUACCUCCACGCCAUAGCCACCUUCAUCUGGGUCUGCACCCCCUUCCUGGUGACCCUGAUCACCCUCGGGGUUUACGUGUGUGUGGACCAGAACAAUGUGCUGGAUGCUGAGAAGGCCUUUGUGUCCGUGUCCCUGUUCAAUAUCUUAAAGAUUCCCCUCAACAUGCUGCCCCAGUUAAUUACCAACCUGGCCCAGACCAGUGUGUCUCUGAAGCGGAUCCAGCAUUUCCUGAGCCAAGAUGAACUUGACCCCCAGUUUGUGGAAAGGAAGACCAUCGCCCCAGGCUAUGCUGUCACCAUACACAAUGGCACCUUCACCUGGGCCCAGGACCUGCCCCCGACCCUGCACAGCCUAAACAUCCAGGUGCCCACAGGGGCACUGGUGGCCGUGUUGGGACCUGUGGGCUGUGGGAAGUCCUCCCUGGUGUCUGCCCUGCUGGGAGAGAUGGAGAAGCUGGAAGGCAAGGUGUAUGUGAAGGGCUCUGUGGCCUAUGUGCCCCAGCAAGCGUGGAUCCAGAACUGCACACUUCAGGAAAACGUGCUGUUUGGCCAAGCCCUGGACCCCAAGCGGUACAAACAGACUCUGGAGGCGUGCGCCCUGCUAGCCGACCUGGAAAUGCUGCCUGGCGGGGACCAGACAGAGAUUGGAGAGAAGGGCAUUAACCUGUCUGGAGGCCAGCAGCAGCGGGUCAGUCUGGCCCGAGCUGUUUACAGUGAGGCCGACACUUUUUUCCUGGAUGACCCACUGUCAGCCGUGGACUCCCACGUGGCCAAGCAUAUCUUUGACCAAGUCAUCGGGCCAGAAGGUGUGCUGGCAGGCAAGACACGUGUGCUGGUGACACACGGCAUCAGCUUCCUGCCCCAGACGGACUUCAUCAUCGUGCUAGCUGAUGGACAAGUAUCCGAGGUGGGCUCCUAUUCAGCCCUGCUGCAGCACAAUGGCUCCUUUGCUAACUUCCUCCGCAACUAUGCGCCGGCUGAGGUCGAGGAGCACCUGGAGGACAGCAGGACCGUACUGCAGGAUGCAGAUGAUGAGAUGCUGCUGAUUGAAGACACACUCAGCGAUCACACAGACCUGACAGAUAAUGAGCCAGUCACAUAUGAGGUCCAGAAGCAGUUUAUGAGACAGCUGAGUGUCAUGUCCUCAGAAGGGGAGGGCGCAGGUCGGCCUGUGCUCCGGAGACGAGUGGGUACAGCAGAAAAGGUAAUGCAGGCAGCAGAGGUGAAAGCGAGAGGGGCGCUGAUCCAGGAGGAGAAGGUGGAGAUGGGCACUGUGAGUAGGUGGACAAGGAGGGCUGGAGAGGGUGGCCAGGCUCCCAGCAGUGCCGGGGCUCCCAGGAGUCCUCUGUCCAUGACCAUGAUCAUGGCCAUGCAGGUGAAGCUGAGGGUGUUCUGGGAUUAUGCCAAGGCCAUGGGGCUCUGCACUGCGCUGCUCGUCAGUCUGCUGUACAUGGGUCAAAGUGCUGCUGCCAUUGGGGCCAACAUGUGGCUCAGUGACUGGUCCAACGAGGCUGUGACAGAUGUCCGACAGAACAAUACCUCCCUGAGGCUGGGGGUCUAUGCCACCUUGGGAAUUCUGCAAGGGCUCCUGGUGUUGCUGUCAGCCAUGGCAAUGGCGGUGGGCGGAGUCCAGGCCUCGCGCUCGGUUCACCAGGCACUGCUGCACAACAAGAUGCACUCGCCCCAGUCUUUCUUCGAUACGACACCCUCAGGCCGCAUCCUCAACUGCUUCUCCAAGGACAUCUACAUCAUCGACGAGGUUCUGGCCCCCACCAUCCUUGUGCUGCUGGGUUCUGUCUACAACUCCCUCUCCAUUCUCCUGGUCAUCAUGGCCACAACACCUCUCUUCACGGUGGCCGUCCUGCCCCUGGCUGUCCUCUAUGGCCUUGUGCAGCGCUUCUAUGUGGCCACAUCACGGCAACUGAAGCGGCUGGAAUCUGUCAGUCGCUCUCCCAUUUAUUCCCACUUUUCGGAGACGGUGACUGGCUCCAGUGUCAUCCGGGCCUAUGGCCGCAGCCAGGAGUUCGAGGGCAUGAGUGACACUAAGGUGGACACCAACCAAAGGAGCUGCUAUCCCUACAUCGCCUCCAACAGGUGGCUGGGGAUCCGAGUGGAGUUCGUGGGAAACUGCAUUGUGCUCUUUGCAGCAGUCUUCGCUGUGACUGGGAGGAGCAGCCUGAGUCCGGGGCUGGUGGGCCUUUCUGUGUCCUAUGCCCUACAGGUGACGUUGGCUCUGAACUGGAUGAUACGAGUGAUGUCAGACUUGGAGUCUAAUAUUGUGGCCAUGGAGAGAGUAAAGGAGUACUCCAAGACAGAGACUGAGGCCCCUUGGCUGCUGGAGGGUAGCCGCCCUCCUGAGAGCUGGCCCCAGCACGGCGAGGUGGAGUUCCGGAAUUACUCUGCGCGCUACAGGCCGGGCCUGGAGCUGGUGCUGAAGGACCUGAGUCUGCGCGUGCGCGGAGGUGAGAAGGUGGGGAUCGUGGGCCGCACUGGCGCUGGCAAAUCGUCCAUGACCCUCUGCCUGUUCCGCAUCCUGGAGGCCGCAGAGGGUGAAAUUCGCAUCGAUGGCCUCAACGUGGCAGAUAUCGGACUUCAUGACCUGCGUUCUCGGCUGACUGUCAUCCCCCAGGACCCCGUCCUGUUCUCAGGGUCCCUGCGGAUGAACCUGGACCCUUUUGGCAGUUACUCAGAUGAAGACAUAUGGCGGGCCUUGGAGCUGUCCCACCUGUAUGCCUUUGUGAGCUCCCAGCCGGCAGGCCUGGACUUCCAGUGCAGCGAGAGAGGGGAGAAUCUCAGCAUGGGCCAGCGGCAGCUCAUGUGCCUGGCCCGAGCCCUGCUCCGCAAGAGCCGCAUCCUAGUUUUAGACGAGGCUACAGCUGCCAUCGACCUGGAGAUGGACGACCUCAUCCAGGCUACCAUCCGCACCCAGUUUGAGACCUGCACGGUGCUGACCAUUGCACACCGGCUCAACACCAUCAUGGACUAUACCAGGGUCCUGGUCCUGGACAAAGGGACAGUAGCUGAAUUUGAUUCUCCAACCAACCUUGUUGCAGCCAGAGGCAUCUUCUAUGAGAUGGCCAGAGAUGCUGGCCUUGCCUAAAAUGUAUUCCUGGGAUUUCCUCCUGGCCAUUCCUGGUUUUCAUCAUGAAGGAAAAGGACACCAAAUAUGUCUGCAGAAUGGACUUGAUGGCAAACACUGGGAGUAUUUGUUAGAUUUUUGUCACUGUAAAGAGCCCAACAAGAUAACCAUGCUAAGUGUGUUAGAUGAGGAAGAGAAGCCCAAGAGGUGAACAUGCCAGGGUCAGAGCUAGCUUGAGGCAGAGCCCAGGCUAGGCCAUGAGUCUCUUGAUUCCCAAUCUAGUGUUAUUUCCCAUUUUCAAUCACUUUAUGGAAUAAUUUCCCUAGUUGUAUGAUUUUUCAUAUUUUAUACUCUGAAGUAUUUUUUUUUAAAUGAAGCUUUAUCCUCCUGGAACAGAAGACUGCUGGGUCGGCCAUCCCUAGGAACAGAGUCCUAUGCUCUGGAAUGCUGGCCUGAAUCCAUUAAAAAUGGAGCAGUGAUGAAAUAAAGCUACGUGGUCGACAAUAUAUAUAUAUAUAUAUACCCCAACGUAGCCUUUCUCUGCCUGCUCACAGGGUUUGGUGGUUAGAACCUUUGGAGGAGGCAAGGAGGAAGAGGUAGGGGUAGAGGCCGACUUCAUGCACAUCUGCGUGGCUGGAAUUAUCUGCAAACUUCAGACCCAAAAGCCUUUGGCUGAGAAUACUGUCUUCAUAGCCAAAAUUCACUGGGUAGUUGCCAAUAGUUCUUGCUCUGCUGUGCAGAUACUAUAAAAAGGUGAGACACAAAGCCCCUGAAAUCUGACCUGAGGCCUCUUGGGAAAGCUGCCGUGCAUACCUCCAUGUUUAUGUCAUCCCUCAGUCCUCCAAGCCUGCUUCUCUA